CCAGUUAGUUGGGCACGCACCAUUGGGCUGGUCAGAUCAGCAGCUCGCUGUCCGCCGGAGAGCAAAUCUAUAACGGUAGAAAUCAGAUCGGUUCGGAUCGUAUCGGAACGGUCAUCGCACGCAUUGGAACUUCUCAACUACUCACUCACUCAAUCGGUCAGAAGCCCCAAGGGAGAUCUCUUCGAAUAACCAUGAUCUCGCAGUUGGGUCGAAUUAGCAUUAUUAGUGCGGUACUAUUAACAUUAGUGGCCUUCGUAAUUGCUGGCAGUUCCGAAAAAACCGAACUCGAUCCCAAUGCCAACUGCAACUUUACCCUAGUCAAGAAAAAGACUUUGGGAGUGGACCCCUCGUUUUGGAAGAAGUUAUUCACGCAUUUGGUACCAUUUACCAGUUCGAGAAGUAAAAUGCAGUUCAUACUUUUCAAGCGCGAUUUUGCGGAUUGCGGAAAAGAAUUGUUCAUUGGCGAUUCGGAAAAUCUCAAGAACUCGGGCUUCGAUGCACGUCACCAAACGAGAAUUGUUAUCCACGGCUGGAUGAGUCAAAGCAAGGGUUCCCAUAUAAGAAAGAUUAAGAAUGCAUAUCUGAGCCUUACGAAUCCGGGAAUCAAUGGUGAGCCCGCCCGUUAUGAGGACUUCAAUGUGAUUGUAUGCGACUGGAGCAAGAUUUCGACGAAUGUGAAUUAUUACGAGGUGGCCAAGACGGUGGAGGAUAUGGGUGCUCUGCUGGCGGAUAUGGUGCGAUUUCUUAACCAGGAGGCCAACAUGCAUUUCGAUGAUGUCUACAUAAUUGGGCACUCGUUGGGAGCCCAAAUCGCUGGCAGUGCUGGCAAACAGAUAAUGCCAUAUCGUUUUAACACAAUUUAUGCCUUGGAUCCAGCGGGUCCUCAGUUCCGCGAUAAAAGCGAUGAGUAUCGAAUCGAUGCCAGUGAUGCCUCCUAUGUGGAAUCCAUUCAAACCAGCGUUAGUUUCGGUUUCGAGAAGCCCGUGGGACAUGCUACCUUCUAUCCGAACUAUGGAAAAAAUCAGAAAAAGUGCUAUGUAUAUGGCUGUUCGCACAAAAGAUCCCAUGACUAUUUCAUAGAGACCCUAACGAGUCCGGCGGGAUUUUGGGGUCCCCGUUGCGAGCGUCAUGACGAUGGCACCUGGGUUCUCCUGCUGAGCGAAGGUGAAUUCCGGAUGGGUGGAGAGCCCUCGAUUCCGAAGAAUGGAACCUUCUAUGUGAAGACCUACUCAAAGCCACCCUAUGCGAUGGGCCAUCGGUGGCAAACGGAACCACCGCCACGGGAGGACGAGGAUGAGAACUCCACAGAAGAGUAGUUUAAGAUCUAAGAUUUAAUCUUUGCAAAACUGUGAAUAAACAAGAGUGAGAUAAUGUACUAAAACUUAA